GACUAUUUAUUUUGAAGAAUACUUGCUAGAUUUUCUACUAGUAAUUAGCCACUUAGGAUCACAGAAAAGUUCACCACAUUUGGAGCACCAGACUUUAAAAAAAAUAUGCCCUAAAAUAUACGUUAAGAAAAUCUGUCUCAUUGUCUCGUACCAAGUUCACACGGAAAGGAUAAAGCCUGUUUAAUUUCUUCUGAAAUGGAGUUUUCCAAUUUCCUUUGAAGUAGACAGCAUUCACCAGGACCAUCUUGGUCUCUGCAUCUAUAGAACCUUCAGAUUUUACUGUGCCUAUGGACUGGAUUGAACCAUGAAGUAACAAAGAUCCUAGAAGAAAGGCUCCUUUUACAGUCUCCUGAACUACAAAGUCUCUGCCAGGCCAGGGGAUCUUCAGACUGAGAACUUUCCAAGUCCACCAUGUUGCAGCUCUGGUCUCGGUGCUUAUUCCUGCCAGUUUAGGAGGUCUUCCAUGAGACCUGAGAUUCCACAUUUCCAACAAACUCCUUGGUGAUGGAUCCCCCAUAGACCAGAUGCUGCUGUUCUGAGGACCACACCAGGCUUCGUGCUCAUGAAGCUGAUGAGUAGCCUGGUGAAGAAAUCAGAAGCUGCUUUACUUGAAAUACCAGCUGCUGUGAAGGAUGGGAGGCAGCAAGAGAGAGGUAUAUAGUCCAGACCUGACGAUUCGCGGCACAUCAGCUCACAGUCUGUCUGCCCACCUCUGCUUCCUUCAGGCUCACAGGAGUUCCAGACUACAUCAAGCCACCAUGAGUUCACUCGGGGAAGGAAUCAUCCACUUUGCAGUCGACCUGUUCCAACAGAUCAGACAAUUAGAGAAGGAAAAUAUCUUCUAUUCCCCUUUGAGUAUCAUGUCUGCCUUAGCCAUGACUUCCUUGGGGGCCCGAGGAGACACCGCAUCAGAAAUCCAGAAGGUCCUGCACGCGAAUGCAAUCGCAGAGAACACAGAAGGAGGAGGAGCUGCAAAAGAUCCCGUUGAAAGGCCAGGAAAUAUUCAUCAUCAAUUUCAAAAGCUUCUGACGGAGUUUAAGAAACCCACUGAUGCCUAUGAGCUGAACGUAGCCAACAGGCUCUAUGGAGAAAAGACUGUUCUGUUUCUUCAGGCAUACAUGGAUAAUGUUGAGAAAUUUUACCUAGCCAGUGUGGAAUCUGCUGAUUUUGUCAAUGCUGCAGAAGAAAGUCGGAAGAUGAUUAAUUCCUGGGUGGAAAGCCAAACUAAUAAAAAAAUCAAGGAUCUCUUUCCCGGAGGCUCUGUUAAUAGAUGGACCGUUCUGGUUCUGGUGAACGCAGUCUAUUUCAAAGGGCAGUGGCACAAGGAAUUUAAGAAAGAAAAUACUGGGGAGGAAAAAUUUUGGCUGAGCAAGGAUACAAGCAAACCUGUGCAGAUGAUGAAACAAACCGACCUUUUCAAUUUCACGUCACUGGAGGACAUGCAAGUCAAGAUCCUGGAAAUACCGUACAAAGGCCAAGAGCUAAGCAUGUUUCUGCUGCUGCCCAAUGACGUGGAUGGUCUGCAGCAGCUUGAAGAUCAGCUCACUGCUGAGAAGUUAAUAGAGUGGACGAGCCCACAGAAUAUGAAAGAGCGUGCAAUGGAGUUAUACCUACCUCGGUUCAAAGUGGAGGAGACCUAUGACCUCAAGCCCAUGCUGAGAGCCCUGGGGAUGGUGGACGCCUUCACUGAGGGGAAAGCCGACUUCUCAGGCAUGAGCAGUGAACAAGAGCUGGUGGUGUCGGAAGUCUUCCACAAGUCCUUCGUGGAGGUGAAUGAGGAGGGUACAGAGGCUGCAGGUGGGACUGGAAUAGUAGUGGUUCGAAAACUAGCAAUAGAGGCAGACAGUUUCCACUGUGACCACCCUUUCCUGUUCCUCAUCAAGCACAACAAGACCAACAGCCUCCUCUUCUAUGGCAGAGUCUCUUCCCCUGAGAUGUGAUUAGCCAGCGGCUACACUCGGGGCACAUUCACAGAGCUGUUCCUGAGCCUUGAUUGCUGGAAGUAACAGGUUGUCUUUGAUUCAUUUUCCUUUCCAAACUCAUAAUCAUCACUAAGCAUGUACACUAAACCUACUGUAUCUCCCCAUGGUAACUCCCAUGUGGACAAAAUG